GUUCACUCACAUCACAACUAAGUAAAGAGAAUCAUCUAAGUUGGAACAAAAAUGAAGGUUAGUGAAGUUGAGAGUGGAGAAAUUUCAAAAGGAUCAUCAUCAUCAUCUCCAAGUAAACGGAUGAAGAGAGGGCUCGCAAUAAUGGACUUCAUUUUGAGAAUAUUUGCAGCUACAAGCACACUUGGAAGUGCAGUGAGUAUGGGAACAGCAAAGCAAACUAUGCCUUUUGCCACACGUUUUGUUAGAUUCAAAGUUGUAUAUCAUGACCUUCCCACAUUUGUGUUUUUUGUGACCGCCAAUUCUAUCGUAUGUGGCUACUUAGUUCUUUCACUUGCCCUGUCAUUCUUCCACAUUGUAAGGACUAUUUCAGUCAAAAGUAGGAUUCUCUUGGUCUUUCUUGACACGGUUAUGUUUGGUCUUCUUACAUCUGGAGCCUCGGCAGCAGCAGCAAUUGUUAAUAUAGCUCACUAUGGAAACUCAAGUGCCAAUUGGUUUCCUUUCUGCCAACAAUACAACUACUUCUGCGGACGCAUUUCGGGUUCACUCAUUGGCUCUUUCAUUGCAGUUGUUGUGUUCAUUAUACUUAUUCUCAUGUCAGAAAUAUCAAUAAGCAAGCACUGAAAUAGUGCAGACAUUGUGGUGUGGUUUGUGUAGUCCUGAAUCUGAAAUGUGUUUGUCUAGCCUUUUCUGCAGGCUUUGUUGGUAGCUUUAAGAUUUCAAUGUAAGCAUUCCAAAGACUAUACAAAAUCCGAGCGUGCUUGUUGCGCGCAGAGAAUACCAGUUUACUCAUGAAUGUGUAAAGGAAAUAAUUUGUAUAUUACAUUUUACUUUUA